UUAUUUGAGACAAGGAUGCUAAGCCAGGAAGAGAUGGAGAUAGUAAAAUGGGAAAAUGCUACAGUUAUGGAUAACGCCCGAGCUUUGCUUGACUCUGCUGUUCAGAAAGGGGCUCCAGCAUGCCAAAUUUGCAUCACAUACAUUUGUGAAGAAGACAGGUACCUGGCAGCGACGCUGGGACUCUCAGCAGGUAAGAUGCCAGUGUGGGACAACCCUGCUAUGCCUACAUCCUCAGGCUCAGGAGGAAGCGUCAAGCUUUGCUCCCUAGACGAAGCUAAAAGGAUAUGGAAAGAAAAGUCGACAGAGAUUUAUGCAAUAAUGGGCAAGUCAAGCCGCACACGUCUUGCUCUCAUUAUCUGCAACGAAGAGUUUGAUAGUCUUUCUAAAAUAACGGGAGCUGAGGUUGACAUCAUAGGCAUGACGAUGCUGCUGCAAAAUCUGGGGUACAAGGUGGAUGUGAAAAGAAAUCUCACUGCUUGGGAAAUGACUACAGAGCUGGAGGCAUUUGCUCACCACCCAGAGCACAAGACCUCUGACAGCACUUUCCUGGUGUUCUUGUCUCACGGUGUUCGGGAAGGCAUUUGUGGGAAGAAAUACUCUAAGCAAGUCCCUGAUAUAUUACAACUCAAUGAAAUCUUUAAAAUGUUGAAUAGCAAGAACUGCCCAAGUUUGAAGGACAAACCCAAGGUGAUCAUCUUCGAGGCCUGCCGUGGUGAGAACCGUGGUAUGGUGUUGGUAAAAGAUUCAUUACGAGUCUCUGAAAAUAUAUCUUUACCAACUCUGGGAGAUUUUGAGGAUGAUGCUAUUAAGAAAGCCCACAUAGAGAAGGAUUUUAUUGCUUUCUGCUCUUCCACAUCAGAUAAUGUUUCUUGGAGCCAUCCCACAAAGGGCUCUGUUUUUAUUAUGAGACUCAUUGAACAUCUGCAAGAAUAUGCCUGUUCCUGUGAUGUGGAGGAAAUUUUCCACAGGGUUCGACUUUCAUUUGAGCAGCCAGAUGAUAAAGCACAGAUGCCCAGCACUGAAAGGAUGACUUUGACAAUACAUUUCUACCUCUUUCCAGGACAUUAAAAUAAGGAAGCUGUAUGAAUGUCUGAGGGCAGGAAACCAAGAGUUCCUUCACUCUGUAAUGGUUUUUGGAAUUAUAUGUGUUUAAUAAUAGACUUUUUUGAACAUUUUAAUAAAUUU